AUGGCGUUCAAUGCCAAAAACCUAGAGUAUAACAAGCAGGAGCCCGCCUUUCUCCGCAGAUUGAAAGGGGAAGUCGGAGGCCUUGAUGGACGACACAACGUACAGCUCCCUCGGCCAAAGAAGGACAGGCUGAAGACUGGUGACGAUGAUGAAGACCAACCGGUGAUCCUCGAUGAGCGGGGUGAGCGAGUUGAAAAGGCCGAGUUUGAGCGGAUGAUGAAAGGAGGAGAGGACACGGCAAAACCAGAGGAAGGGGAGCAAGGGGGUGGCACUGGAGCCCAAGCAGAAGGAAACCCAGGCUCCGAGCACCUUGAAAGGCAAAAGGUGACGGAGAUUGGCUCUGCAACGAAUGCAAAGAAGCGGAAGGCUGGCAAGAUUGUGGGAGGCGAGGACGAAGACGGCGGGGAUGUGGUGGACAGAGCCCCGAAACAAAAAGAUGGCACCAAGGAGAAAGACGAAAAGCCUCCUGCGGCCAAGACCGGACCGGUUGCACCAAAAAAGAAAGGAAAGAAGAUCAAGUUGUCCUUCGACGAUCCAGAUGGAUGA